GCUUUUGUUGUGUUUAGACCACAUACCUCCAGUUCCUCUGAACACUGCAGUCAGGGAUCUCUUCAGCUCUCUCACACUACAACUACUGCUUUUACUGCUACUAGCACUGACAGGCUUUUCUUCUGUUUGAGAAGUGGAUUGUAGAAGUCUUGUUAAACCUUGGGGAAUCUACAUUCAUGUUUCAGUAAUGUAAUGAAACUCAGGCUCACGGUUCAUGGGGCAAGGAGGCUGAAGUCACUACGCUGGAACUGAAGAUUGCUUUAAACGAGCAAGUCAUUGUAGAAGGUUUUUAAGUCAUGAUGCAACAAUCUGGGACCGAGGCGACAAGCAAUGGUUCAGCCAGUCAGAACAGAGCAGCGAGCGUGGAGGACGGGUCCAGGGACGCGAGGCCCAAGAGCGCCACGUCAGUGGACGUCAUGGCAGCUGACCUGAUCCAUCUCCAGCAGCAGCAGGCUCUUCAAGUGGCUCGGCAGAUCCUUCUACAGCAACAACAGCAACAGCAACAUCAACAACAACAACAACAACAGCAGCUGCAGCUUCAGCAAGGCACCGAUCUAAAAUCCCCCAAAGACAAUGAGAAUCAGCCAAGCCUACAGGUUCCAGUGUCAGUGGCUAUGAUGACACCCCAGGUAAUAACGCCUCAGCAGAUGCAGCAGAUCCUCCAGCAGCAGGUCCUGAGCCCUCAGCAGCUCCAGGUGCUCCUGCAGCAGCAACAGGCCCUCAUGUUACAACAGCAGCAACUCCAAGAGUUCUACAAGAAGCAGCAGGAACAGCUCCACCUCCAGCUCCUCCAGCAGCAACAUGCAGGCAAGCAGAGUAAAGAGCAGCAGCAGCAGGCCCAGCAGUUGGCCUUCCAGCAGCAGCUCAUGCAGGUCCAACAGCUCCAGCAGCAGCACCUGCUCAACCUCCAGAGACAAGGCCUGCUCACCAUCCAGCCUGGACAGACCGCCCUGCCCCUGCACUCGCUCACUCAGGGCAUAAAUCCAGCAGAGCUUCAGCAGCUGUGGAAGGAGGUGACGAACUUGAAGGAAGAGAACAGCAACAACGGCAACGGCCGCCGCGGCCUGGACCUGUCCUCGCCACAACUCCCCAAGAAGCCCCUCCUCAACCAACACGCCUCCACCAAUGGACAGUACAUGAGCCAUUCUCUGAAGAGAGAAGGAUCCACGCUAGACGACUACCAACACUCUCACCACAGUCACCCGCUUUAUGGGCACGGGGUUUGCAAGUGGCCUGGAUGCGAGGCGGUGUUUGAGGACUUCCAGUCAUUCCUGAAGCAUCUCAACAAUGAGCACGCCCUGGACGACAGGAGCACAGCCCAGUGUCGGGUACAAAUGCAGGUUGUACAGCAGCUGGAACUGCAGCUAGCGAAAGACAAAGAGCGUCUGCAAGCCAUGAUGACGCAUCUCCACGUCAAAUCCACGGAGCCCAAACCCACCCCACAGCCACUCAACCUGGUGUCCAGCGUCACCCUGUCCAAGACAGCCCCCCAUGAGGCCUCACCCCCCCUGAGCCUGCCCCAGACCCCCACCACCCCCACGGCCCUGACGCCCCUGUCCCAGGCCCACUCCGUCAUCACCCCCAACAGCAUCCACCACAGUGUGGGCCCCAUGCGCCGACGUUACUCUGAUAAGUACAACAUGCCAAUCUCCCCAGAUAUUGUCCAGAACAAAGAGUUCUACAUGAAUGCUGAAGUCAGACCUCCCUUCACGUAUGCCUCGUUAAUACGCCAGGGUAUCCUUGAAUCCCCGGAAAAGCAGCUAACACUAAAUGAAAUUUACAACUGGUUCACACGAAUGUUUGCAUAUUUCAGGCGCAAUGCUGCAACAUGGAAGAAUGCAGUCCGGCAUAAUCUUAGUCUUCACAAAUGUUUUGUGCGAGUAGAAAACGUUAAAGGGGCUGUGUGGACAGUGGAUGAACUAGAGUUCCAAAAGAGAAGGCCACAAAAGAUCACUGGAAGUCCAGCCUUAGUGAAGAACAUCCAGACCAGCUUGGGCUAUGGUCCGGCUCUCUCUGCAGCCUUCCAGGCUUCAAUGGCAGAAAACAAUAUACCUCUAUACACUACUGCUUCCAUUGGAAGUCCUACCCUCAACUCGCUGGCGAAUGCCAUCCGAGAGGAGAUGAUUGGAGCGAUGGACCAUGGAAACAGCAACGGCAGUGACAGCAGCCCAGGACGGUCUCCCUUGCCAGCUAUGCAUCACAUUAAAGAGGAACCGCUGGACCCGGAGGACCACGAAGGCCCCCUCUCCCUGGUGACGACGGCCAACCACAGUCCAGAUUUCGAUCACCACAGAGAUUACGAUGACGACCAGGGCCACGAUGACAUGCUGUAAGGUCGGGCCCCCAGGGGCCCCUCCCAGAGGCAGAACUAACCUUAGUCAUCUGUGAGACGCCACAACGUCACAGAUCAUACAGAUACAAGACUGCAGUCUCAGUCCUCUGAUGACAGCUAUCAAAUGUUUCCAAUUGACUUUUAGUGCCAUUAAAUACAUAGUGAAAAACACAAGAAAGAGAAUACAUCCCACUUGGGAGUAUUUUUGAUUUAUAUCUACUUUUUGGUUUAAGUGAACGAAAAUAAGAAAAAAGUAAUUUCUACUCUACAUGCGUUGGAUGGACAUGUUUGGUACUGGGGAUGACUUCUUGGUCAGCAUGCUGGCUUCAAAUCCAGGAUGGACUUGGACUUGCACUGUGCAGCCAGUAUGAACUUGGACCUGCACUGUGCAGCCAGUAUGGAUUGCAUACAGCCCACUCAACCACACUGAGCAUGGACUGCAGAGGGGUUCUCUCUCUCUCACACACACACACACACACAAACACACACACAUGCCCAUAAACUCAAGAGAUAUUGAAUGACGUUUAAUUUACUGUGUGUGUGUGUGUGUGUGUGUGUGUGUGUGUGUGUGUGUGUGUGUGUGUGUGUGUGUGUGUGUGUGUGUGUGUGUGUGUGUGUGUGUGUGUGUGUGUGUGUGUGUGUGUGUGCGCGUGCGUGCGUGCGUGUAGAUUUUGUUCAUGGUCACUGCCUUCAAAAUUUCAUUGGUUUGCUUCCAUCUAGGGUGGGAGGGAUGUUUUUUGGUGUGUUUUGAGGGUGAAGGGUUUAAAAUAUGUAUUUUCCAUUGUUUGUUGUUGUUGCAUUUGAUUUCUGUAACUGAUCAGACCUCAUGCCCAUGCUGUGGAGAUUCUGUAUGGUCAGCACUUAAUGAUGGAUGUUUAGGAUUUCCUUUCUUGUUGUUUCCUCUCUUUUUUUAACAUGAAGCAGAAUGUCAAAUACCAUGUAGUAUUUUUCUGUCAUUUGUUCCACAUGCUUCAGAAUGCCACCCCUCUAACAUGUAGUCCAUCCUCAUCGCAUCCCCCCAAGCUCAUCAAGUCCAUCCUCAUCGCAUCCCCCCAAGCUCAUCAAGUCCAUCCUCAUCGCAUCCCCCCAAGCUCAUCAAGUCAUCCACAAUGCACUACUCGUAAUGAAGGCUCUCUCCACGCAUCAAUGAAGUUUCAUUUAAGAUGGGAAUGAAUGACAGAGAAAUCAUGCAGGUUAUGAUUUAUCCUCAUUCAAUUAUAUUUUAAAACAGCCCUUCAGGGCAGUGCGUUAGCUGCAACCAAAUUUCUGAUCAUUCGCAAGCUCCCAGUUUAAGAAAGAAAAUCAAAUGUCAGGUGUGUAUUACAAAGAUAAUAUUUUAGACCAACUAAUUGUGAUUCCUGAACACAACUCUCAUUGUAGUUCAAACAUGUAUAGUUUUCCACACUGUAAUUUCAGUCAUGGAAGGAUUGUUUGGCCUUGCUUGAAGAUAUCAAAGUAAUUUUUUUUUACCAUAUGCAUGACCAGUUGGCUCUCAAAUUUGUUUGUGAUUAUUAAUAAUUACACACAUCAGAUGAAAUAUUCAUGUUCUUAAUUUAGGGAUAAUCCCAAAAACUGGCAAUAAGACCUGAUCAUUGCUUCAUUCCAGUAUUGGCAGACAUGUUAUGCCCCCAGAAACCCACACACCACAAGGUAACUGAUGAUCUGGGUACUGUUUGGGGUCAACAUCAGCAGAACCCAAUGACUAAGUCAGAGUAGUGAUGUAGACCCUGCAAUAGGGUGGAUGGGAUUGAUGCUGGGGCUGUGAGGCUGAAUACAAAUGGGCUUGAUCCUACUGUAGUGUUGGUUUAUGAUAUGAAACAGGCUCAUACAAAGACUCACAAACAUUACUUUUUAAAAACUGCAACCAACCACUUUGCAUUUUUUUUAUUUAUUAUUAUUUCUUUUUUUAUUUGUAACUUUUGAUUUUAGUUGUUGAUGUUUCUAAAAUCUUGUUCUGUGACUACCAAAGAUAAACUACAAAGUAAAAACAAUGUUCUCUGUUUCAUGCAAUAGCAGAUAAGGCCAAAUAUCCUCCAUUCUCUCCCAUUGGCUGUGAAAGGAUCUAAAGAUGGAGUAUAGUCUCAACUGUGUCAAUCCAAUAGCACAUUGAUUAGAGAGGACGCUCCUCAAGCUGUCUGACUGUCAUUAGCUUUAAAGCCAAAGGAGUCUCUUGUUGAGUGCAGUAGCUGCAGGAUUUUGCAGUGACCACAACUGAAAGGGAGAUGCAGAGAGUCAGACAAACAUUAUGACCAAAUUAGGGGAACAUAUUCUUUGGGCCAACGAGAGGAAAAGGCAUCACUCUGUCUAUCAGCAGCAGAUUGCUGUGCAACCUAGGGGGGUGAAAGGAGAUUAUGGUCCUAAUGAGGAUGGCAAUGAUUUCGCAGUAGACAGGAGAGCUUUGUAGAGAACAAUGUGAAAAGGAUUCUAUACUUCAACUGGACCACCCAAUGAUUAAAUAUUUUGUUUUAUUUUUUAUUCUUUAUGAAUUUGUAUCCUUUCCAAUGAUUGUAUGCCACUUUUGAGUGAGUCCUGCUAUCUUGACGGGAUUCUACUGUUCUUUGUUAACAUUGGUAAGGCUUUAUGAUUGUGUUUAGUUUCUGUCAACGUAUUACUUUUUAUAUUAAAAAACACUCCUGUCAACUAAUAAGCUGGGUACAGGGUACUUUAUGGCAGUUAUUUGAACAUUCCACCAUGCAUUUACUAUUACACAUGAAAAGGGCAGUCUGUGGUUUUCAGAAAAUGUAUUUAAUAUCCAUUAUCAUGCAGCUGUGGGAUGGGUCAGUAACAGCCGGACUGGGAUCGUGAGAACAACUUGAGCUCAUCCAAAUCUAGUCUUUUGCUGGUUUGCUUGGUAUUGUAGGGGGAGAUUUGAACAUUCUCAGUAUGUGUAGCUUGACAUUACUAAAGAUAACAGCCUGCGAAAACUGUAUGCAUACCUCAGUUCCAACCUAUAGGGAAUAAUUCAAUGAAAAGUGAAAAGAAAACUUUCACCCAGUUGUACUUUGUUCUAUGUCUUGCAUGUGUAGUCUAAAACUGGAGAGAGAGAUUGUUUUUGUAAAAAACACCCCCAAAAAGUAUAUGAAUAUAAAAUUAGACCUUGUUUAUCUUGAGGGUCUCACAAUCCAAACCUUAGGCCUUUUGUCAUUAAGAAAUCACCCAGCUUUAUUUGAUCCCAUUUUCCACAAUCUAUUGACAUUUGUUUGGUCAUGGGCUUUCCAACAGUAGGGUGGACGUACAUGUCAGUAUAGCCUUGUCUUUUUCUUGACAUUUUCUUUCCUUGUGUCUUUCAAAGAUCAAAAAUGCAUUUGUGUUACUCUUUUUGCUUUAUCACAACGGCUUUGUAUGAACUAUAAAAUAGCUAUGAAAACUGCUGUAUGUAUUGGAAUAGCAAACUGUGCUGCAAAUGUAUUUUACUUAGUAAUCCUUGCUUAAAAAGUCAUACAUGCAGACAUCUGUGUGAGAUGGGCGGGGCAGGGUUGGGGAUUAUCCCAGAUUUUGGAUUUUAAACUGUAAAAUAGAAAACAGACUUUUCUCUGUUAUCAUUGACCUAAGGAUUUUGUACAGAUUGUUUUCUUCCGUGUGUUAAGCUGUUUUUGAUACUUCCUUUUGAUGGUCUAACCACUGCCUUCUGUGGCUAUAAACAUUAGUGCUCGGAGAAAUGGCAGACAGGUAUAUUUCCUCUACAAGACGGAGAUAUCUUGCAUGACUAAUUCCAGGGUCACAGAGAUGAAAAAGAAUGGUUAAGUGGUCAGUAAUAAUAUAAGGGUGUAUCAAUCUAAUGAUAUUUUAUCUGAAACAAAUAGGGAAAAGAGGAUAAAUAUGCAGUGCCAAGAUGUAAAGAACAUUUGUUAAAUGCUUUGUUUUUUCCCCAGAGGAAUCCAUUCAUUCCUACAUAUAUUAUCAAAGAUGUGUCAUCAUCAUGUUCAGUACAUCCUCAUUAGGUGAAAUACAUAUCGCUUUUUAGUUGGCCUCUAAAUAUCUAUAUCUCAACUGUUUGGAAAUGUUUGUUUUUUUCAUCAGUAAAAAUCAAGCACAGCAGGUAGCCGACUUAAGUGGAGCACAAAGGUUAAAGGCUAAAAGUCGGAUGUGAAUCGGACUCUGUACUCAUCCUUGAUAUAUGUUGAUUGUAAAACAAGAAAUAUCAGUAACCUUAUGACUUUGCUGUGCUCUGUGUAGGUGGCAUUAGAUUUCCCCUCAAGACACUUGCAGCCAUGCUAAUUUACCACGGUUCCAUCAAUCAUGACCACCCCACUGUCAUUCACCACUGUGUUGUACCAUCACCCUCUUAACCCAUGCUUCUGGAGGAGGGAUGGAGGGAGGAGGGAUGGAGAGAGGAAGGAGGGUACAGGAGAGCAGCUGUCACAGUGCUUUAAUGCAGCAGCUAAGUUAGUUUUCUGUUGAAGCUGUACUCUGUAGUUUUCUGUUUAUUAACUAAAGAUCCUGCUCAUCAACUCCAUCAUCAGUCUGUAAUCUCCUCAUCAUUCCUGGUCUGUCUGAUGCAGACUAUUUUGUUGUACAGUCAGUCUCAGUAACUGACGUAAGCUUUCUAAAAAUGCAAUAAAAUGCUGGUUGUUCA